CCUGAACGUUUCAUUAGUGUUAUUUUGGCAAUGAUUUGUGGAUAAAAUCUAAUCCAAUUACUAAUUAUAUUUGCAUAUAAAUCCAUAAAUAUGAGAUUUACGGUUGCAGGGUUCUGGUGCGGAGGGGACUAUAUGUGCGGCGGAUCUGUUUACACCGCACUAGUGCGCGGCGGCGGUUGCUUUUUCGGGUGGCACUCGGAGUGACGGAGAAAUUUGAAGCUAAUCUUUUCGGUAAAAGGACCGGUGGAGGAGCGGCAUGGCGGAGAAUAUCAUCGUUCGUAUCCAGUCACCACAUGGCAUGAAACGGAUUAAUGUGGGGAAACGAGAAACUGGAGCCCAAUUUUUGAAAAAGGUUGCAAAGGAAUUUGGCUGUUCCAACAAUGGCUUUUCUGUAUAUCUUAACAGAAAUAAAACAGGAGAGAUCUCCCCUACAACGAGUAAAUCACUCUCUUUGCUUAAAAUCAAACAUGGAGACUUGCUGUACCUCUUUCCAUCAAGUGAUGCUGGGACUUCUACUCAGGUCAUGGAGACUUCAUCCCAGGCUCAAGGAGGGCCACGGGUUUUAACCCCGUCUGCACUGAAUAUUGUGGAGGAUGAAAUUGACCAGUAUUUAAUCAAACAAGAUGGGAAGAUUUAUAGAAACAGGGACCACCAACAGUGUCGGCAUGGUGCACUGGGCAAAUGUGUUCACUGUGUACCGUUGGAGCCUUUUGAUGAAGAUUAUCUCAAUCAUCUGGACCCACCUGUUAAACACAUGUCUUUUCAUGCAUACAUCCGGAAAUUGACUGGUGGUGCUGAUAAAGGCAAGUUUGUUGCUUUGGAGAAUAUAAGCUGCAAGAUCAAAUCUGGUUGUGAAGGGCAUCCCCCAUGGCCUGAUGGAAUUUGUACAAAGUGCCAACCAAGUGCCAUAACACUUAACAGACAGAAAUACAGGCAUGUGGAUAACAUCAUGUUUGAGAACCACACAAUCGCAGAUCGAUUCCUCAACUUUUGGCGUCAGACAGGGAACCAGAGGCUAGGAUUCCUUUAUGGUCGUUAUACUGAACACACGGACAUUCCUCUAGGUAUUCGAGCUGAGGUUGCUGCCAUUUAUGAGCCCCCACAGAUUGGUACAGCAAACAGCCUAGAACUACUGGAAGACCCCAAAGCUGAAGUUGUAGAUGAAAUUGCUGCUAAACUUGGAUUGAGGAAGGUUGGUUGGAUAUUCACAGACCUUCUAUCAGAGGAUACAAGGAAGGGCACAGUCAAAUUCAUCAGGAAUAAAGAUGCACAUUUUCUAAGUGCAGAGGAGUGCAUCACAGCAGGAGAUUUCCAGAACAAACAUCCCAAUGCUUGCCGACUAUCUCCUGAUGGUCAUUUUGGAUCCAAGUUUGUUACUGUCUUGGCAACAGGUGGCCCAGAUAAUCAGGUUCAUUUUGAAGGUUACCAGGUUUCCAAUCAGUGCAUGGCCCUAGUCGGUGAUGACUGUUUUCUGCCAUGUCGAGAUGCACCAGAACUGGGAUAUGUAAAGGAGUCUUCCAGUGAACAGUAUGUUCCUGAUGUUUUCUAUAAGGAUAUAGACAAGUUUGGCAACGAAAUUACACAGUUGGCACGGCCACUGCCAGUUGAGUACCUGAUCAUAGAUAUUCCCACAACUUUUCCAAAGGAUCCUGUUUACACCUUUGCUUCAUCUUCGCAACCUUUUCCUGUUGUGAACAGGGAUGUUGUAGGAGAGACGCAGGAUUUUCACACCCUGGCCUCCUACUUAGCACAGAAUCAAUCUGCUGUUUUUCUUGAUGUCAUCUCAGAUUUCCACUUACUUCUGUUCCUGGUUACCAAUGAUGUUAUGCCACUCAGGGAUAGUAUCAACUUGCUCUUGGAAGCAGUGAAAACACGGAAUGAGGAACUUGCCCAGACCUGGAAGAGAUCAGAACAGUGGGCUACUAUUGAACAGCUCUGCAGUACAGUGGGUGUUCAAGCACCCAGUGCUUCAGAUUUUGAUGCAAUGGGAGGAUCCCAGCAGUCUACUCCCACAGCUAUGUGGUCCUGUAGACACUGCACCUUCAUGAACCAGCCAGGCACUGACCAAUGUGAAAUGUGCAACCUACCCAGAACCUAGUCAGCAGCAAAUGAACGCCUAAUCUAGCCCUACCUUUUUGACCUUUUUCCAAUAUGGUAAGACGACAAGGUGGCUACCAGGACAUUUUGGAUCCAGGAAGGAAAUUCUACAGGUGAAAUUGUACUCUUGAGAUCUGCCUGGACUUUAUUAAUAGAUAUUAAAAGGAAGCAAUUACUAAAUACAACUUUCACUUAUUUUCUUCCACACUUUAAUUGAAUGGUUUCUGAAAAUGUUCACUAUUUGUAUAAAAAAAAUUCUUAAAUGGGUAAUUUAAAGACACUUGUUGUGUUCAUUACAUGAUAUUUGGAGCUAAAGUCUCAAAUCCAGCUUGGCAGGUGUUGGCUAGUGAAAGUUAGGAUUUCCAAUGCAGUGAAUAUCUCUCUAAACAUAACUAUCUCAAAAAAAAUACCAAAAAAUGUUUUGCUUUUUGCUAUAUCCAAUAUCAGUGGUUGUAGCAGACUGAAGAUACAGAGCCAUGAAUAUAUGUUACUGCAGUAAUUAUUUGGAAGAGGCAAUAGAGAUUUCAACACUUGAGAUAGUUACUUGAUAGCUGUUACUUGUUUAGUUAAUCCAUGACAAUUUCCACAGCCUUGAAAACAGCACCUCCUCGUUGACAGUCUUAGAACUGUCUUAUAAUUGAAUGUUAACAUUUUAGUACUGAGUUAGGCUUGGUGCUUAGAACAUACUGUACAUGGAAAUUUAGAUCAACUUGAAAUACAAUAUUAACUAGCAUUUUAACUAUUCCUUUUUAAAAUAUUGGAAAACAGAGUUAGAUGUAUUUCAGUGGAUUAGAGAAUGUAGGGGGUUGGCAUUUAUAUUGGCCAGUAUAUAAUGUACAAAACAUUAUAUAUUGCUUUAAGCUAAUGUCCAGUUGCCUAUUGCACUACCAGUAUUAUUCUGUUUUGGUGAACUAUCCUGAGGAAUUGUUGGGAUGUAAUUAAAGGUUUAAAAAAACCUUAAAAAUAUUAUUAGUUAUAACUAGUAUGUGGAUUAGAAAUUGGUACAGAUGUAUCAUUACAGGCUUGAAAAUCAGUUGUAUGACUUGUAUUUUAUUUUCAUUUGCCAAGGCCAGCUUUAUAACAACAGUGUGCUAGAGGAACUCAGCAGAUCUUUCUUUUUCAAUCUUUUUAUACAUUUUCAAAUUAGUACAAAAUAAUAUAUAUAACAUUAGUAAUUAUACAUAUGGUGCAGAGAGAUCAGGAUAACAAUCAUAACAGUUAAAAUAUAUAAUCACAAGGAGUAUAAAAAAGUAAUCUAGACCUCCAGUUCUCUUAUUAAGUGAACAAAUAAAAAGGAAAGAUUGAAAAGAAAUGAAAUUUAAUUAUAUGAAAGAAGAACCCCCAAAUCACAAACAAUAUUGAUAAUAAACCUAAAAAAAAAACUUCAAAAAAAAAUGGACUGAUAUUUCUUCAAUUAAAAAGAAAAAGAAAUAUUAUGUCGUCAACUCUGCUCCUCCGUAUUCAAGGGUUAUUGAGAGGGAUCUGAAAAAGGUCAGCUUAUAUCAUAUGGAAAUAUUGAAUAAAUGGACUCCAAACUUCCUCAAAUUUAAGCAAAGGAUCAACAGUACCACUCCUAAUUUUUUCUAAGCUUAAACAUGCUAUAGUUUGGAACACAGCAGAUCGAGCAGCAUCUGUGGAAAGAAAGGAACUGUGAAUCUAACCUGAUGCAGGGUUUCAACCUGAAAUGUCGCCAAUUCCUUUCCUCCAACAGAUGCUGCUCGACCUGCUGAGUUCCUCCAACAGAUUUUUGUUGCUUCAGACUCCAGCAUCUGCAGUCUCUUUUGUCUGCAGCUAUAUUACAAAUUGGUUGAGGAGACUGCAGUUCUUUUCAAACUGCGCAAUGAACCAACAUUUAAUUUAUUCUUUAAACUGAUUUUAAACAAAAGUAAUGACAAAAAAAAGGUGUUAUGGUGGAUGAGAUGCUUCCUUUACACCCUGAUGCAAAGGAUUUAUGACUGUGCCUAACACCUGGCCUUUAAACACAUGUUCAGUAAAGUUUGUGAGGAGAUUUUCAGCCACUCUUCUGACAUGUACAACAAGCAUCUCCUGAGGAAUAAAAUUGAUGUCCUACCUUCCACUGACAAUGUAUGGGUAUGUACCUCACAGAUGAGAGAAUAAGAAUGGGGGUUUUGUGCCAGAAGGUUAGAGUAGCCUUGUAUAAUAUGGCCUGAUGCCAUCCUUGAGUAGGAUUGUAUUUUGGGUAACAGAAUAAUUUGCCUUAUACUUGUAGGACCAUCUUUUGCCACUUCUUGAUCAUGAUGCCUAUCAAAUGCUCAUAAUAUGGCAUUUUCAGAAUUCUUUGCCUCUUGCUUUCAAAAAAAAAGCUAACUGGAAGUGAAAUGUGAUUAAAAUAGAUAGAAGCACAAUAUAAAAACAAUUCCUAAAGUUUGCUGUUUGGUCUGUUAGCUUUGGUGCUCAUGCAGUAUACUCUAAUCUGGAAGUUUGUUUUUCCAUGUUGUUUAAAGUGGGGGAAAUCGUAUCUUCUAGAUAGUUAGAAAAUUUGAUAAGAUGAUGAAUAUGACUGUACAGAUUUCUGGCUAAAUAUAUUAUUGUUUACCUGGAAACUAGUAAGAAGUUAGUAUGUCUCUGCUAGACUUAAUAGUGCAGUAUAGCUUGAAAUAUUUCAGCGACCUCAAGUUCUACUCAAGUGCUGAUCAGAAUUUCUUCUGUACAUCUACUGUUGAUUUAGACCAGUGAGAAGGGACGUAGUAUUUAGUGUAUAUUGGGAAACAAUCUGUAUUGUGCUGAAACAAAAAGAUGAACAAUUUACAAGAAUUGAGAUGAGUGCUUGUUCAAUGAAAACUUCUUAAUUGUGAGCAGAGGAAGCACUUGAAUUGAUGUAGUGAUAUUUGGGCCAGUCAUUUACACAUCCUGAUAUCAAUAACUUCAAACUAGUUCAUUUCAUUUGCUUAUAGGAAUAAAAACAGAAUAAAACUGCGAAAGAAUACUACUAAAAGCAAGUAAGUUAAAGACCAAACAGUUGGCUGUAGCUGUUUUUGUACCUCUGUUUUUAAGUUUGCCACGUUCAGAUGUCUUGGGGUGAAAUGUGAGAUUCAUUAUUUCAGUUCCUGGUUAGUGAGGAGAUAAAAGCCCUCUUUUACCAAUGUCAUAAGUAAACUCUCAUUAAUUUAAGUGAAGCUGAAAUGUUUCACUCCUUUACCUGCUGUGGAAAAGAGAAGUAGGACUUUAAUAGUUAAGACAUUAAUGCAACCAACUUAUCACAUGUGCUAACUAGUAUACAUCUUGAUAAUGAGGUGGUUCUUGCUGAUAAAUGGAGACUCUUCCCUGGAAGAUAGAUUCUUGGGUAAAGGUACUUUCAUUGAAUCAUAAGAUAAGUUUCAAUCAAAUGUCGGGUGUUGUAACAGCCUCCUUUAAAGCAACCAUAUGCUGUUAGCUUUGUGCAUGUCUUUUAUUUACUCAAAUUGUGGCACAAUUUGAUGGGAUUCUGCAAUAUGCACAGUUAGAAAAUAGGAUUCCAUUGCACAUCCAUGUAUUUACAAUCUUUGCAUUACACCUCAAAUAUCUCAGUAGGCCAGAAAUGCAUUGUAGCUUUCGCUGGUUCAUAAAAACUGAUUUACUUGAACAUAAAUAUCUAGGAAAAGUUUCCAGAGGCCAUGUUAUUUGUUCACAUUAUUAUACAGUGUAUUUCUAUUCAAAGUUUUAUUUUGUGAAUUACGAGUUUAUGAAUUAUGAAUUCCAUUUGGGCAAUUUAAGUAAUUUUAAUUAACUCGGGAAGGGCCUUGAUGCGGUGGGGGAAAUUAGUCCGUAUUAAUGGAUUUAAACCAAUCUGUGAAUCAAAGGGAGUACAACACAUCCCAAUAACAACAACUGUGGUAAAUCAUACAGAAUUUAACAAUUCAGCAAAACCUAUCAAUUGCAAGAUUGAAAACUUGUCUAUUGCACUGGAAACUACAAUUAAUUUCCUUUUUUUGUUUACAAGUUUUGCCAUAAUUUUUGUUUCAGUCCUGGUGCUCCCUGAUUCCCAUUUUCACAAUGGCUUCUUGUGGUAUUUUCCUUGCCCCAUCCCUGAAGGACGUCUCCACUGCUUGAUUUGACCAUUAUGUUGGCAUUGGCCACCAUCUCUGUCGCCAUGAUUAACUUUGUUGUCGUUAGUUUUAUAAAUUAAACAUGACAUAACUGCACAGGUGCUUGCACAAAUCCCAGUGCAGGUUUAAAUACUUACUUACAUCUUCUAGAUCACAAGUAUGAUGCGCUUGAUCCAACCGUGCCCAGAGAAAGCUCUUGCCUGGAACAUAGGUCUUGGAGGCGUACGUAUGGAUAGUUUGGAUUUGAAUGUCUAGUUAAAUAUGUUAUCAUUCAGGAGAUGAGGGCAAAUUAUAAUCUGUCCAAUACUUCCACUGAAAGGCAAUUGCAUGGAGGCAAGAACUUUCAAUGCAAGAAGUCAAGGGUCCAAGGUAGGUUUCUGCCAUUAACCCGCUA